CCCGCCAAUUCCGAGUGAUUGCAAACAGGGAGGGAAGUGUGCAGAUUUUCAGCGUGUCAUGAACAUUAAUUGCAUUUCGUCGUGCAAAUACAGCAAACUAAUGUUUGCGUCGGUAUUUUUGUAGGAAGUAUAUGACAAGAAGCAGAAAAACUGGAGUAAGAAAGUUUUGACGAGCAGUCCUACGGUUAGCUGCCUUACCUAAGCUUCUCGUUCACAUAGCUGGCUACAUUCUCCAGCCGAGAAUAAUUUCGGAUGGUUGUGAUGCUGGGCGCAGAAGAUACUUCUACGGACGGGCCACUGGCUUCCACACCCGACAGAAGUACGGAUUGUGUUGACAAAAAUCCUCCCAAGAAGCUUGUACAAGCUCGUCUACCCUUUAAACGGCUCAAUCCCGAACCUAAAGGGACUCGGGAGCCAAAGAGAGCUCGAGUUCCCUCUGCAUUGCCCUGCCAUGGAAACAGAAUUUCUGAUGGUGAAAAUGAAGCCAAUGAUGUUUCACCUCCUCAAUGCCCUCGUCCAGCCAAAAUUAAUGGACGUGGGCCUUUAGAUGGGUUUAUAGUUCAGAAAAGGCUCCCCAGUUUACCCGUGGAAACAAUUGACUUGACGGAAGACUUCGAUUCAACUCCUACUGUAGCUAAGCAGCAGCAGGAACCAACUGUGCCUGUACCGCCAGCCUCCAAAGGCCCUCGCUCAGAUGGGCAGGACAAGUCAUGUACAAUAAGUUCACGAACUGCUUUAUUAGAUGUGAAGGAGAACGGCGAUGCCCAUAUAGAAGAAAAUGACCCCAAGGAAACUGUAGGAGAAACUGAGAAUGUACAGGAGGAGGAGGAGGAGGAGGAGGAGGAGGAGGACUGUCCGGCUGAUGCGACGCAAGAGGCUGGAUUGCUCUCACCAGCCGUCUCUGUCAGCUCGCUGUCCACACUGGAGAGCUCGCCAGAGGCCACCAAGACCCCAAAGCGCACUCCGUCAUCUACCACUGAUCCUGAUGGUACUACAGAGACAAAACAAAUGAAAAGAAGAUCUCUUAAGAGUGUAAAAGAACAGGAGGAGAGGCAACAGCAGCGUGCUGAGAAAGAAAAGCAGAGGAUGGAGGCCAAGGCUGCCAACGAGAAGAAAAAAAUGGAGGCUCGUCGACUGAAGGAAGAGAAGGAGAGGGAGAGGAAAGAAAAGAAGGAACAGGAAGAGAGGGAAAGGCGAGAGAAAAAAGAGAAGGAGGAAAAGGAGAAGGCUGAAAAAUUAAAGGCAAAGACAGAAGAGCGCAAGGCCAAGCAAGAGGCCAAACAAGAAGAGAAACGCAAGAAGGAAGAGGAAAAACGGAUGAAGGAGGAGGAAAAAAAGAUGAAAGAGGAGAAAGACCGUAUUAAAGCUGAAAAAGCAGUAAUCACCCGCUUCCUGCAGAAGCCCAAGGCUCAACUCACCCCAAAGACCCUUACAUCAGCCUGUGGCAAAUUCGCUCCCUUUGAGAUUAAGGAGCACAUGGUGUUGGCACCACUGUGCCGAGUGCAAUGUGAGAACGCUGUAUUUGAGGAGCUGGACCAGUACCUCGUCAAGCCAGACAAAAGUGCUAGUUGGCUGAAGGAUUUAACGUCCCGAAGACCACGCUUCACUGGUCAAACCAAACUAAAACACCAGGAAUCAAGAAGUGAGAGUCUGGUGGCUGUAAAGUGCCCGAAGACUGGAGCAUGUCGGGGUCGAAUGAAGCUGCUGCAAUUCCAUGAGAACUACCGGCCUGCCUACUGGGGCACCUGGAGCAAGAAGAGCUGCAGCAUCUCCGCACGCCACCCCCUCCAACAGGACAAGGAUCUUGACUAUGAAGUUGACAGUGACGAGGAGUGGGAGGAAGAGGAGCCUGGAGAGUCACUCUCUCACAGUGAAGGAGAUGACGAUGGAGAGGAAGGCGAUGACGAUGGCGAUGAUGAUGGUUUCUUUGUACCACAUGGAUACCUGUCCGAUGGAGAAGGAGCACUUGAGGAGGAGGAAGGAGGAGACCCGGCCAAGCAGAAACUGCGUCAGAAGCUGAAGGCCCGCGAGUGGGACGAGCUGCUGUCCAAGAAGAGGGUGAAGGUGCUGGAAGCCGUCAUCAGUGGCUGUCUAUGGGUAGACGAAGGGCAGACAGACUUGUCUCAGACGCAGAAGGACACGCUGCACUCCCAUGCCAUUGCUCUGCUGGGGCCCCUGCCCAAGGAUGAGCCUUGCUCGCCUGAGAACUCGCCUGGAGAGACACGGCGGGAUGAAUUGCUACCCCAGCUCCUGCCCUUGCUCCAUGGCAAUGUGAACAGCAGCAAGGUCAUCAUCACAGAGUUCCAGGAGUUCUGUCGUCAGCAGGCAACAUCCCUCGUCAACAGCCCCCAUAGUCCUGGAGAUGGCGUACCCACAAGGGUGGGUUUGAAGCGCCUGAUAAAGGAGAAUGCGGUGUACGAGAAGAGAUCGUGUUUAAAACGCCUCUGCUGGUACGUCCAUUCCGAGGUCCUGGUGCGCUUCGGUCUGGAGUCCUUGCCCGUCCCUUGCAAGUGGAACUACCUCACGCCUGGAAUCCAGCAGUGUCGCGAUGACCCUCAGACACCACAGGCCAACUCACAGGGCGGCUCUCCAACCACCCCACAGAGCGCCGUCACUCUCUCUGCCAAGAGGAAGAGUGCGGGAGGAAGUAUGCCCAUCACAAAGUUCAUGAAGAAGUGUGUAGACCAGGAACAAGCAGAGAACACUGAGGCAGAUGGCUUUCAAGCUGACACGGAGGAGGACGAGGAAGAUGAUUGUGUCUGCAUAAGUACUGAAUCUGGUUUGUCAACAAAGACCAUCAGCUCGAGCUCACUUCAGCAAGAGCCUGAGGAGCCCAUGGAGGUGGCUGCCCCCACUGCUGCUCCGAUGGCUUCCCCAAGCACUACACAUGAGAAGCCAAUCACCGGUGUGUGAUUACAAAAAACAAAACAUGUUCUGGUCUCUGUAGAGAAAUGACAUGUUGGACCGAUCAUGGUAUAAAUGACAAAACUGUUCAUGGUGAAAACAUGUUUAGACGGGUAGCAAGGCUGAAGCUUGUUACAGUGUUCAUGUUAGCUGACAGGUUUUCGAUGUUUUGAAGACAACUCUGCAGCUCAUCCUAAUGUCACCAAAAUACCCUAUAUUGCCCCUUUCAGAAUGGUUGUAUUUUUUGUCUUUAAAUAAUAAAAACAUAGACAUGUUUUAUGCAUGGCUGUGUGUGUAAUUAAACAAGUACUAUACUCGGAGGUUAAACUGAGUGACACUUUCUGUAAUCUUUUCCCCUUCAUAUUAUCACUUUGCCUGGCCUAUGGUUUUUUUGGGGGGUGGGUGGGGGGGGUCUAAUGUUUAUUUUAACAGGCCAGUGAUUUGCUUAUUUGAACAAUGCACAAUAUAACUAUCAGUAUAGGUGGGCUGUAGCAAUGCUGUCCAGCAACAACAGUAUAUCUUGUAUUUAAAGAGCGGCGUUUGUCAUCACUGACACCUUGCUGUUUGGGGAAAAGAGCAUUAUUUAAAAGCAAGGGUUAUACAAGGUUGAUAAUCUGCAGUUGGGUUGAUCUAACUCGUACCUAAAAUUGCAAUUUCAAACUUGUUCUGUGUGCUUAAAUUUGUGUGUCCUGAAAAUUUCUACAUUAAACAAUUUUUUGUGUCUA